GGAGUAAUAUUUAUCGUCAGGUUAUUAAUUUUCAGAAUAAUUAUACACUGCAUUCUUUAAGUCUGGAAGAAAAAUAAACUAACCAGGGUCAGAUAUUUAGAGAGACUCGGGGCAAAAAAUGCCCCUGAAAUUCAGAAUGUGGGCGCAAUAAAUACUAGUGUAAAUAAUUAUUGUUUAAUUGUAACAUCUGAUAUAGUUCUUGAUAUUCUAUUUUAGUCCGAGUUAUACAUAAUAUGGCACAAAUUAUUAAUUAAUAUUGAGUCUUUAUUUUAAGUCUUGAGAAUUUGUAUUAAUCAAUUAAAUUGAAGUAUUUGUCAUAAACGGAUGAGAUACGGUUUAUGUUGUAAAUGGUUAGAAAAAUAAAUGCACUCAUAAAGGUUAAAGUCCCUCUGCAGUCACUGGUUUAACCCCUAAAAACUAAUCUUUGUUAAUCAAAAUUACAUAUUUAAAAGUUUUUUUUUUUCAUGAAAAUAAUCCCUUCAUGCCUUAAAAUGGCUUAGAUAAUAACUCUACACCAGUGUUUCCCAACUAGUGUGCCGUGAAAAAUUAUCAAAUUCUACUAAAUAAAUAAAUGCAUGAAAAAAUAAUAAUAAUAAUAAUAAUAAUAAUAAUAAUUUCAGGGAUCCAAACUCCUCACCUUUUGGAGAAAUUUGCCGUUUUGAAACCGUAAUUUCCACUUGUGUGAUUGUGAAGAGCAAUGAUUAAUGUGCAAAAGUGAGUGAUAUUUAUAUGCGUUAAGGGUCUUUCACAGGACACAGGCUGCAGAAUAAAUUGAGGUCUAUGAAGUGUUUUUCACACACGUUUUUGCUUCACCAAUAAUGUCUUUGAGAGUACUAAGCAACAAGAAAUAUUUAAAAACUGUCCAAAUUUGUGAAGACAUUGAAUGUCUCAUAAUUUCUUUUAAUUAAAUAUUACCUUAUCGUUUCCGAGUAUCAGAGACCACAGUUAUUGAACUAAUUUAAAUUCACCAAGAAAACGCUUAGACAUAAACAUAAACGAGUCUUUUUAUUACUUUCUGCUAUCAAAGCAACUGCAAGCUUUUUUCUCUCUUCCAAAUACACGUUUUCAAUAUUUAUUGUGCACACCUCCCACUUUUUACAAACUCGUAAAAUCGCCCCUCUGUGAUGCUUUAUGCAGCGCAUUUCAUGUGGAGGGCAAUGCGGCACUUGACGCUGGCGUUGAACAGAGCGUUGACGCCUCGACUCAACUCAUGUGAAAAGCACUUUACAAUGACGAAAGAACAUUAUUGAAACUCAAAAUUAUUAUUAUUUGUCUAUUAUUGUGGUCUUUUCUGAUAAAAGCCAUGCUCAGCAGUUUAAAUAGGCUACUGUAGGAAAAUGAUAACGUAGAUCUGCUUUGUUUAUAAUUCUUCUACUGAAGUCAGUAGAUUUGUAGCCACGUAAGUUUUAAUAAAGGAGAAGGUAAGGACGUUAUUGAAACUCACUAUUAUUAGACUAUUAUUGUCAGACUGAAGGAAGACUAUAGAUCUGCUUUGUUCUUUUAAUGCUUAAACACUAUAAAGUCUCUUGGUAGAUUUCGGUCAUGAACGACUCAAGAUGAUUCACUGACUCACUCAUAGCACAUAAGACGCUCAUUUGUCGCCACCUAGUGACAUUUCCAGAAGGGGUUACUGAACUAAUCAGUUAAUAAAAUUGAACAAAUUUGUGAAACAGAAGCAAUCCUCACCAAAAUACUCUUUAUUUUGCAGCUAAUUCUGCACAAUUGAAAACUUGAAUAAACUUGAAUCACUAAAAUAGCUGGAAUUGGUGCUUUUAACUUAUUCUUUAAAAAAAAAAAAUCACCAGAAAAAAUGUUCGUGGACCAGUGAUUGUCUUACCUUUUUCGCCCCUCAUGAGUUUGCAUCCCUGUAAUUUGUUGUGGCAUUGCAAGAACAAAUCUACAAAUUAGAAAAGAAGCAAAUCUGUUGUUUUUCAUUACCCAUUUAGUGCUCUUGCCAAUGCAGCCUAAAAAGCAGCCGAACAGCAAGCGAGAAAGUGAAGACUUACCCAAGGGCAAAUGGGACCAAGUGUGGCCGUGGUGGCAAUAAGGUGGCAAGGGCUUGUGUUAGGUUGACAGUUGAAAAGUUGCGUAAAUACAAAAAUAAGAAAAUCCCUGAUUUAUAAUAGUUCAGAGAGAUAGUCCAACACAAAUGGUUUGUUCUAAUGUCUCAAAAUAAGUUGAUAAAAAGAAAGUAAAACUGUCUUUUAAAAGAAACAAACGAACACACUGGAGAGCCACAGCAGCCAAACGCACCAGCGUCGCUCAACCGGAACCAGUUUAUACUGGCAAACUCCAAAAACGACAAAAAAUGCAUCAUAAAAGCACCAUAGAAAUAGCACAUGAAUCUUAUGGGCUACAUUCCAAGACUUCUGAAGCCAUUUGACAGUUUCACCAUCCAUUUUCCUUGUAUGGAGCAACAUAUUUUUACGGAAGAAAGGAAAUUACACAGGUUUAGAAUAACAUGAGGGUGAGUAAAUGAUAACAGUAUUCCUGUGUGAACUAUUUCUUUAAGUAAAUCAAAUCAAAGCUGGUUUGAGAAGGUUUUGAAUCAUUGAAGCACAUUCUGGGAAAGGAUAAAUACUGUCUGAAUUGCUGUCAUGAUCUCUCCCAUCUUCUGAUUCUACUUCUAGAUUGUCCACUAUUUCCGUAUCAGUCAUGUAGCCAAACAUUCCCAUAGCACACUGCUUAAAGAUGUCUUCCAGUGAAUCUCCCCUGAAUGAAUCCUACAUAGAAAACAGCUCAGCGUGUGAUUUCUGCAUCACUAGUGUCACACAGUGUACACACUGCGACUUUAAAAUGUUUUUGUUUUUUUUGUUCUUCCCUCCCAUUUACAAGUUCUGCUGAUGACGUUUCCAGUUAUAACUUUGGAGUUUAUUCAUUUAAAGUAACAGUACAAAAUUAAUACUUACUGGACAUCUGCAGUAUGGUCAAGAUUCUGAAACAGGAGGGUGGGCUGGGUUGUGAGUUUGAAUCCAGGGUGUGUGGAGUGACUCCAGCCAGGUCUCCUAAGCAACCAAAUUGGCCUGGUUACUAUGAAGGGUAGAGUCACAUGGGGUAACCUCCUCGUGGUCGCUAUAAUGUGGUUCUCGCUCUCGGUGUGGUGAGUUGUGCGCGGAUGCUGCGGAGAAUAGCGUAAGCCUCCACACGCACUAUGUCUCCGUGGUAACGCAUUCAACAAGCCAAGUGACACGUAAAUGCAAAUGUGACAGAAUAAAGAUGUGACAUAUAGUGGUCAGUAUGCCUAGAGUCAGUUGUAGCAGUACAUUUAUAAAAUAUCUUAGAGUAUUAUUAUUAUUAUUAUUAUUAUCAUCAUCAUCACCACAUAGAUGACAAGGGUAGUGACAUAACAGCUCAGUAGAUGAAUGAACAAAAGAAAUGAAUCUGUAUUGAAUGAAUCUGUUGUUCCUCUCAUUACCACAGGGAGGCAGUGUCGUCUAUUUUUGCUCUCGCUGCCAACUGUGAAAUAUAGCAGAAGGAAAAAUGAAAACGGAACGUGGAAAUGCCGUUUAAAUAAGGAUCCGGAUCGAGACAGUGACUGCAGACCUGACUUCAUACUUAUGGUCCAAUCCUGAAAAUUCCUAACACUUGGAAUACUGAAAGCAUCGAAAUGAAGACUGUGACUGAAAAGGAGGUGUCAGAUUGUGAACAGGAGCAUUCAUCAGACCUGAUGCUCGAGGAGUCUUUUGUGGGAGAUCAGGGGUCAGAGUCAACCACAAAUGACCCAGGUCCAACCAACGAGGGUGUAGAGAUUCUGGUGCUGAGCCAAGUGGAGGAAUCAGUUGGGUACUUUUGCCAUAGACUGAAUUAUACAAAGAAAUAUAUUCAGAUGUCUGAUGAAAGUCCUUCAGAUACUGAUAUAAACACAGAACCAUCUGUCUCUCCCCACUCAAAAAGACGUGAAACACCUGAUAAAAAGUUCGGCUGUAAACUCUGUGGCAUGGAGUACCGCCACAGUCCAAACUUGAUACGUCACAUGCGAAGACACACAGGAGAGACUCCAUACAGCUGUGAACUGUGUGGGAAAGUGUUCCAACGUUCAGACUGGCUUAAAUUGCACUUAAAAAUCCACAUGGGUGAGAAACGUCUGAUUGUGAAGCGCUUCGCUUGUGAUCAGUGUGGGAUGAAAUUUACAUGCUCCACCUCACUCCAAAGUCAUAUAUGGAAACACAAUGGCGAGAGACCGUUUUCCUGCUCGCUCUGUGAGAAGACGUUCCUCAGUCUGCAAAAUCUCAGGCGCCACCAACAUGAUUGUCACUCUGAAGAGAAAAAGUUUUAUUGCUCGCUGUGUGGACACAGCUUCGCACGUUUUACUACAUUGCAGAAACACACACGGAUUCACACUGGAGAGAGGCCUUUCUCCUGUUCAGUGUGUGGAAAAACAUUUCCUUAUAAAUACACACUGUUAGUGCAUAAUAAAAUGCACUCAGGCAAAAGCUGACCUGAUAGGAGUAAUAUUUAUCAUCAGGUUAUUAAUUUUCUGAAUAAUUAUACACUGCAUUCUUUAAGUCUGGAAGAAAAAUAAACUAACCAGGGUCAGAUAUUUAGAGAGACUCGGGGCAAAAAAUGCCCCUGAAAUUCAGAAUGUGGGCGCAAUAAAUACUAGUGUAAAUAAUUAUUGUUUAAUUGUAACAUCUGAUAUAGUUCUUGAUAUUCUAUUUUAGUCCGAGUUAUACAUAAUAUGGCACAAAUUAUUAAUUAAUAUUGAGUAUUUUAAGUCUUGAGAAUUUGUAUUAAUCAAUUAAAUUGAAGUAUUUGUCAUAAACGGAUGAGAUACAGUUUAUGUUGUAAAUGGUUAGAAAAAUAAAUGCACUCAUAAAGGUUAAAGUCCCUCUGAAAACUAAUCUUUGUUAAUCAAAAUUACAUAUUUAAAAGUUUUUUCCAUGAAAAUGAUCCCUUCAUGCCUUAAAAUGGCUUAGAUAAUAACUCUACACCUUUGCCUCAUUUAGUAUGCGCAGAGCUAUGAAUAUGCAAAUUAGUCCCCACCUCCAUCUCCACUCACCCCUGCACCGCUCGCCUGCAGCUCAGGCUACCUGCUCACCUUCACCCAUUUAUCUCAGAUUUUCAGAUCCUUUGGUAAUACAUGAAGGCUCACCAUUUGUCCUUUCGCAACUUUGCAUCUGAAAACAGAAAAUGUCUUGCAAAAUACCAAUACGUAGCUACACCUGGCUUCUCCUGAUACUCCUUGCUUCGCAGUAGCAUAUGCUAUUGAUAUGGAAAGCCCCACCCAGCAAGUUGACGGGAUUGGUUCCUUAGGCUUGUGACGUAUGAACAGGGUUGAGGAGUAACGAAAUACAUGUAAUGGGAUUAUGUAUUUAAAAUACAAAAUAUAAGUAACUGUAUUCCACUACAGUUACAAUUUAAAUAAUUGGUAAUUAGAAUACAGUUACAUUCAAAAAGUAUUUUGAUUACUGAAGAGAUUACUUUGCAUUUUAUUGUCAUUUGUUUCAUUUAAUAUUUAGUCCUUAUCAGAUGGAAAACAUUUAUUUUCACAUCAUUCUUAUGAAUGAUACGAGCAGACAGAAGUAAGUUUGAAGUAAGUUUGGAGCAGAAGAAAUAGAAAUAAACCUUGUGUAAAUUGUCAUCUUUAUGCUAAGCUAAAAAUACUAUUUCUAGCCAUUUUACAUGCACGUUACUAGGCACGAUGAUUUUUUUUUUAAUCAAGAAAAUUCACGUCGGAUCAUAAUUUCUUUCUUUCUUGUAAGACCUUUGAUAUUAGGGCAAAAAUCGUAUUCUUGAUGAUAAUUUUUGUAUUGUUUUCCUGUAAAAAAUCUAAAAAUCCUUAAAACAAGAUCAAUUAGAUUUAUCUUGUUUUAGAAACAACACUGCAUAAGAUAUUUUGGUUUUUCAGAGAAUGUAUUUUUAACUUGUGUAUUUUGUCUUACUGUACUGGCAGAGUUUUUAUAGUCAAAACAAGUGAAAAAAUCUACCAGUGCUGAAGAAGUAAUCCAAAGUAUUUAGAUUACGUUACUGACCUUGAGUAAUCUAACGGAAUAUGUUACAAAUUACAUUUUACAGCAUGUACUCUGUAAUCUGUAGUGGAAUACAUUUCAAAAUUAACCCUCCCAAACCUGCGUAUGAAACCUUGGCUGUCUGAAUCAGUGUUUUUGAGACUGUCUUUGGUAGACUGCAGUUCCAAGGCAAAAAUGCUCAGCAAUGGUGUUGAUUGCUGAUUUCACUCAUAGUAUGUCUUCUAGCAUAUAAAAAUCAUCUUAUGGACAUGUAAACAAGGUUAAAAACUUGAUUUUCACUGGAGGGUGUCUUUUAAAAUGCCCUGAAAAUCAAAUCCAGGGGGUGAAUAUUGGACUUUAAAGGUGCACUCAGUAAUUUUUUCCUCAUUAAAAAGGUUAAACUCCUAAAGACAUGAAUUGUAAUUUUGCAAUAUAUGUAGGAAAACAUGAGCACUCACAUUAAAAUGAAGACUCCAGUCAUAUCAGUAACAUUAUAAAAGCUGUUAUAUUUUUCAUGGAGAGGGUCCGCACAUGGGGGCUGCCAUGUUAUAAUCACAUGACCAGUCAAAUACUACUCGCUUAAAGGGGACCUGUUAUGCAAAAUUCACUUUUACGUGGUGUUUGAACAUACACAUGGCAGUGUGUGUACACAACCACCCUACAAUGUUAAAAGUCCAUCCACUCCUCUUUCUUAUAUUUCUAUUAAUCAAAAACAGUGUCUCAAAAUGACUGGUUUUGGUACCCGCUCUAAAGUGACGUCACUUUAGAGCAGGCCAUGCCCACGACUGGUGACUGACUCCACCCUAUUAUUAUAGAUCCUCCCCUGAGUGAUCGACACACAGUCCGCCAUUUUUUCCAGCGCUGGAGCAGCUACAUUGAGAAGAAUAAUAUCUCAGCUUCAUAAGCGUCAUACAUGUUCUGUUGUUGGCUGUAAAAGUGAACGAAAGAGUCUUCGUGUACUCCCGGCAUCAGAGCCACUGAACACGCAGUGGACAAGUUUUGUUUUUGAAGAAAAUGUGCCCCAAAACAUACCGAAAUUUGUGUAUGUUUGUGCAAAUCAUUUUACACCGGACUGCUUUGUGAAUGAGGGUCAGUAUAAAGCAGGCUUUUCUAAAUAUUUGAUUCUCAAGCAUGGAUCAGUACCAACUGUUAGUGUUCCAGCUUUAUAUCCUGAAGAUGUAAGUAUCGCACUUUAUAUUUUGUGAAUGUUUGCAAAUCGCAUGAUGCAAGACAAGCCCCUAAAAUGUCAUGUCUCGUUAUAGCGCAUAGGUAACGUCAUUACAGUAUAUUUUUGUGUUGCUCAUCCAUCAUUGCUAAAUGGCUGAAAAACACUCCGGUAUUUACGGCGUCAGUCAUAUUGGUUCUGAUUUGUUGUUGCUAUAGUAUCCUAAGCACGAGCUGUAAAGGCACAGCCCUGUUCCGGAAAGGGGGCGGGGAGCAGUAGCUCAUUUGCAUUUAAAGAGACACACACGAAAACAGCGUGGUUUUGAUUCCACCCAAAAAGAGGCAUUUACAACAUGGUAUAAUAAAUGAUCCGUGGGGUAUUUUGAGCUGAAACUGCACAGACACAUUCUGGGGACACCUGAGACUUAUAUUACAUCUUGUAAAAAGGGGCAUAAUAGGUCUCCUUUAAUACCAGCAACCAUCCUGUUAUUUGACACUUUAUUCACUGACUGUGAAUACUAAAUUUCUACAAUGGCAUCUGAAACUAAAAACUACUGAUUUUAAAUUAUGCUGCAUCCAAGCCGCUAGAUGUCAGUGUAAGUCCAUGAUGACACAAAGAUAAACGUUACUGAGUGCACCUUUAAUAUCAAAGUUAAUUGCUGACACUGAAACAAACCCUAAGAGAUGAAAUAAUACCACUUGGAAACUGUUGCAGAGCUUUAGGACACAUGAAUUUGUGUUUUAUUAAUUUUUACUCAGUUGAAUAAAUCCAGCUCUUCUUCGAUUUGUAUACGGAAUACCUGCAUAACAAUAAAGAGCUUGACAUGA